AUGAGCUCACCGGCCCCGGGUUCAUUGCCAGAAACUACCCCUCAACAAUUCCCGGUGCCGAAGCAGACCUCACCGCUUCAUGAGGUCCUGGGAGAGAAUCACAAGCCGCCCCUCAUGCAGCGGCCAAAGAGCUCCAUCAUAGAGAGUACGGGCUUUUCAUUUGCAAAGCCAUCGGUCCAGCAUAAAGAUUUUGCACUCAAGCCUGUGUCUCGAUUGACACAGUACCGUAAUGUGCCCGUUGAGAAAAUCACCAGUACACAACCGCAGGUAAAUGAGAAGAGGCAGAUGCAGGACCGAGAACCGUCUGCAUCUCAAGAUGGCCUUGCACGACAGUCUCUGGAGCAGUACGCUGAAGAUGAAAGUCCAUGUCCCCGGCCGAAAAGCUCUUUCUCGUCGCGCAAUAUUCCUUCCCAAGUCCGUAAUUCGCCUGAUAUUGCCAAAAUUUUCCUCACGCAGGACCAAGCUCACAUUCAAUUGGCAAAGAAAGCCGGGUUGGACAACCAGGUACUAGAUACCGACUCGGUACCAGCGACGCAAAAGUCACUCAAUAGCAGCUUAGUGGCCAAGGCAUCCGCAACCAGUAGCGCUCGUUCAACUCGCGGCCAGUAUCUUCGCAAACCCGCAACACAAACUCCAUCCUUGGCAAAAGCACUCAGACCAAAAGAUGACUCUCGAGUCUCCAAGACUCGGUGUGAAAAUCGAAAGUCAGCAUCCCGACGCCAAGGAAGAUCGAUUUCGAGCAACGAGACGGAUAUUGUCUUGUACAGCGAGGAGGCUUUGUUUGAGAUGCUCAUCAAGAGGAUCAGACAGCGGGAAGAGAAAGAAGUUGAAAUUUCCAACACCAAGCAUCGAAUCGAAGCACAAAACAAAGAGCUCAUGAUUGAACGAGAAACACUUCGCCACCAUCUAGAGGCGGCACGUCUACUGAUCGAGGAAAAGCAAGCCAGCAUCGACAAGGCUGACAACCGUCUGAGUGAUUGGAAGCUCAGAAUUCGAAAACUCAGGCAGGUCAUAGACGAGCUGGGGCGAGACUAUGAUUCGUUAUGCGAGGAUCACAAGCGAUGUAAGGAGACCGCUACGCACUUGAAGCAGGAGAAGGACAAUCUCUUCCGCGAGAUUGGUGAAAUUAAGCUGAAUAUCACCCGAGCGCAAGCGAUGAUUGACCGGCAGCGUGAGCAAGUUUUUGAGAAAGGACAGCGCGUUGCGUUGCUACAGCAGGCCCUCUCAGUUGCUCAAGAGCAAGUGGAGUGUCUGAAGAUAGAUUUGACGACUGAAAGAAAUCGCAGCCUCAAGUUGGAAUCUUUCAUUCAAUACCACGCCCAGUAUCAGACCAACCAGAUGAGAGAAAUCAGAGAGCACCAGCAAAAAACCAUGCAACAGCUGGACGUGGGUCUCAAGUCUGUCUCCAGGGACGGGCAUGUUUUUCGGGAUGAGAUACGUGCGGCCUUCAACGGCGCCCUCGCCCAAAUUCGUGACCCUAUCCAGAACCUGAGUGAGCGGUCUGCGGAAGGAAAGCUGGAAAUUCGAGAGCUUGGGGAACGGACUCGAGACAUAGUCUUCCAAAUCGACAAGAUGGCUUCGCGCCUUGCAGGAGACAUCGAAACCCAUAUCAGUACCAGUUCUUCUACCUCCAGGGAUAUUCACAACAGCUUGCAAUUGAUUCAGGCCCAAAUUGGCCCAGAGUCACAAAUUUCUCAGCAGCUUACCGACUGUCGCAUCACAUAUAGUUUAUUCAAGGAUCAGCUAGGUGCCUUCGACCCCACACUCAAAGGUUUGGAGGCUUCUGUGGACGCCGUGUCCCAUGCCCACGAAGCCAUUCUGCAUCAAUGUCAAGAACUUGGCGCAAUGCUCGAAGAGAUGAGGGCCUUAAGAUCAGUCUCCGAGAAAGAUCGCCAGCUGGUAGAGACGCAGCUGACAGAAAAUGUCGCAGAAAAUGUAAAACUCCAAAGUCAAGCCGAAUCAUUGACUUCGACUAUUGAAAGUCUCAAACAGCUGAACCUCAGCAAGGAUGCUCGGAUCACAGGAUUAGAGCAAUCGCUCGCUGAUGCAAAAGAGCGACUGAAAAUGUAUGAGACUCGCAUGCACGCUUUGGAGAACGAGCAGAAAACUUGGACCGACACAAUGGAAUUGAAGCUGCAGCAAAUCCGUCAAGAUGUGACCGAUGAAUGCGCCCUCUCUCAGAGGCAAUUAGAGGCUCGGCAUGAGCAAGAAUUGCGGGCUCUCCGGGCAGAAAAGCAAGCCUAUGAGAAAGGAGCUGGGGCUUUAUUGACUGAUGUGGAUAAAGCCAAGGACACUCUACUUCAGGCCAAGGAAUUACUGAAUGAUCGUCAAACCGAACGCGAGACUCUGGCACAUGAAGCGGAUCAGCGAAUUCAGGAGCUUAGCCAAGCUUGCGCGGAGCAGAUGGCUCAAAUUGAGGCCCAGUCAGUCGAGAUAGAGAAACACCAAGCAGCUGAAGCAAGCUCGUGUCUCGAAAGAAACGGUCUUGAAGAGCAGCUGAGGCAAGCGCAAGAACGGAUUCACGUGCUCGAGCAAGCCUCUUUUUCCCAAUCAGCGGAAAAGGCGUGUUCUAAUGUAUCACCCACGAGUAUCGUUCCGUUUUCCACCAUCAGUAAUCGACUGUCACCAAUGAGGAGUGAAACGCAAUUUGAGGAGCCAGCAGACUUUACGAUGCUGUUCAUGUCAGAUGAGUUUCCACUGUUUACGACGCCCGCAGACCAAGCAAAGAUGAAUACACCAAAGAAUGUCGACAGAAGCGAUGACCAUCAUGAGCAAGAAAAUAUUCCACCGACUACCGAGAUAGAUGCCACGAAAGUCUUCGACAUUCCCCAAGAUAUGGACUCGCCUUCUCAACGAGCAAAUACGAAGCGUAAGGCAGUCAACUUUUUGCGAUGUCGAAAACAGAGCAGUGAGAAACCAAAUGAGUCAGAUACCACCGGUGCUGGCUUUACUGGUAGUCAAGAAGAUCCCAAACGACCAGAGGUACAUGGCGCUCAGCAACCAGCUCAGGCCAAAAAGCACGUGAACAAGUGGACAUACAGUCGAGUUCAAGCUUUGGAGAAUGAAAUGCAACAGGAGCAACCUCCCACGGUGGGCCGGGCUGCAUCAUCUGCACAGCGACGACCAGGCCUCAAAGGAUUUGUCUCGGUAUCGAGUAGCACGGAAACGGGGAACCGUACCAACACUCGGGGUCGGGGGAAGCGAGGUUCGAAAGGUUAG